AACGCCUCAUUACAGAGUCACGCACUGGCGCUGGAGGGAGGCAGCUGCGUCAGGUUGUCCCGCCUGGUCCUCGGUCCAGCAUCCCGACCCCGCUCAGUCCGACCGUCGCCUUCAGCCUGCGGACAUGUUGUAGGACAUGGACCCCACAUUGCUGUGAACCAGACUUCCUGCUCAUAUUCGCGGUUAAUUAGCGGCGGAGCUCAACAUGAUGUCCUCUUACUACCACCCAGCCAAGGAUGCAGACAUGGCGGCCAUGACGGAGCCGCUCUGCCUGGAAAGAGAUGUGUGCAGGGUGAUCGAGCUGCUGGACCGUCUGCAGCGGAGCGGUGAGCUGCCUCCUCCCAAACUGCAGGCCCUGCAGAGAGUCCUCCAGAGCAAGUUUUGUGCAGCCAUCAGAGAGGUGUACGAACAGCUGUAUGACACUCUGGACAUUGUUGGAGGACCAGAGGUACGAGCGCAGGCCACAGCCAAGGCCACGGUGGCAGCCUUUGCAGCCAGCGAGGGCCACGCCCACCCGAGAGUGGUGGAGCUGCCCAAGACAGAAGAGGGUCUGGGCUUUAACAUCAUGGGAGGCAAAGAGCAGAACUCCCCCAUCUACAUCUCCAGAGUGAUCCCCGGGGGGGUGGCAGACCGCCAAGGAGGACUGAAGAGAGGAGACCAGUUGCUGUCAGUCAAUGGCGUGAGUGUCGAGGGGGAGCACCAUGAGAAGGCCGUGGAGCUGCUGAAGGCCGCCCAGGGUUCAGUCAAACUGGUGGUCCGGUACACCCCGAAGGUCCUGGAGGAGAUGGAGGCUCGCUUUGAGAAGAUGAGGAGCGCCCGGAGACGACAGCAGCACACCAGCUACUCGUCUCUGGAGUCCAGGGGCUAGCUGAUCCAAUGCCUGCGUCCACCUCAUUGUCCAACCCUCCUGACUCCUCUGUUCCUCUGGGAGGAAGACUGUAGACGAGAAGCAAAAAACCAAAGUAGCCUACCAAGACCUGUUACCUGAGAUUCUCCAUGAAGCUGCGGUUUAGAUUCUCUCCCUCCUCUCCCUGUCUCUUAGAGAACGCUGAGUGAGCUUGUUGUCAUGCCUGUAAUACACCGUCCCAGUGUGAAGUCAUCCUCAGCAUCCUGUUGUAUAAGGGCAACACAAUGAUCCCUUCAGUGUGUGUCUUAACUAGAAGCCAGUGUUGUUUUACUGUGUGGACACUGGAGUCCUUAACAGUGUCUGCAGUUAGACCUCAGUAGCAGAGGAAACCUACAGCCUUCACCAUCAUUAACUCCAUCAGACGUCCCAGCUAGAGGGCUAACCAUUAGCAUCAUGAAGACCUCCCCUGGAACCAGUAUCAUGUUAGUCAAAGACUUGUUUUGUAUUCUUUAAUUUGUGACCUGUAAUCGUUUAGUUACAUAAUUAUUCAUCAAAUAAAGUCUGACUGUGUAAACUGAA